AUUUCUGCAACGUAACCUCCCCAUUUCUCGAUAGUGGUCAGACUAAAAGCCAAAUAGAGCGCUUCGUUGGGAAUAAUACAUUUCAUAAUAUAAAAGAGCGCGUUUUUAUAACCCAUAUGGUAAAAUGUCGAUGUCGUUUUCUUCGGCGCGUCCCAGGAAUAAAGGAGAUGUGACGCAGCAAGCGAUCCAGAAGAUGCUGGAUGAAAACCAUCAUUUAAUACAAUGUAUCAUGGACUACCAAAGUAAAGGCAAGGUGGCUGAAUGCACACAAUAUCAGCAGGUUCUGCACAGAAAUCUUGUUUACCUGGCAACAAUAGCAGAUUCCAAUCAGAAUAUGCAGUCCUUACUACCUGCGCCUCCCACUUCAAGUAUGUCCAUGGGCCCUGGAGGAAUGAGCGGGGGACAUACUCAAGGCAAUCUCAAUGGCAACAUGGGACCAGGAUUGCCUUCGACAGCAAUGAUGCAGGGUCAAAUGAGCAAUGGCCCGAGCCAUGCCCCCAUGCAGCACCAGUCUGCUCAGGUGCACCUGACUUUUUCCUCUGCGUCCCUCAACUUGCCUGCCAGCAGCUACAAUAGCUUGGCCUCAGCCUCCGGCUACAACCCCACUGUGUCCUCUUCUCAGGGCAACAUGAGCCAAGGCCCUGGGCCUGGCUAUGGCUCUUCCUUCUCUUCUUCCUCCACACCCUCUUCCUCUUCUUCCUCUCACAGCAAUCUCAACAUGCAGUCCAGCCAAGUCUCCCUGCUACACCAACAAACUACAACGCCACAUUACUCCUCAACCCAGCCUGGAAGCCAACAUUAUCAGGGACAGCAGGCUAUGGGCAUGAUGGGUCAGGGCAGUCAAGGAAACAGUAUGAUGUCCCAGAGGCCCAUGGGAUCUUACCGCUCUUCACAGCAAGGAUCUGCACAGCAGUACUUGGGACAAGACGAGUUCUAUGGAGAGCAGUAUGGACACACUCAGAGCUCCAGCGAGCCCAUAAACCAGCAGUAUUACCCUGAUGGUCACGGGGAGUACUCGUAUCAGCAGUCGUCAUAUGGUGAACAGGGCUACGAGAGAUCGUUCGAUGAGUCUUCACAGCAUUACUAUGACGGAGGAAACUCUCAGUACAGUCAGCAACAGUCUCAAUUUCAGCAAGGCUCUGGUCAGCAGCCUUUCAGCCAGCAGCAGUACUCCUCUCAGCAAGGCUACAGUGGGCAGCCACAGGGAUACGGACCUGGCCAGGGUGGCUCAUCACAGUAUUCUCAGUAUCAGCAGGGUCAAAGCCAACAGUAUGGGUCUUACCGCUCUUCCCAAGGAGCACCAGGAACACAGGCACAGAGGCCCUUUAACUAUGACCAGGGUCAGUAUGGAAAUUAUCAGCAAUAAGGUCUUCCUGGUGGAUGGAUGCAAGUUAGAAAGCAGCUCCAGUAGUUUUUUGUUGGAAAAUUGCAUUGGAUUCAUUAUUGUUUCAUCUGUUAUCAUUCGGACCAAAAACAGUAAUGUUUUCUUCCAAUAUGCUUUCUGUGUUACCGGGCUCGAAGCAACUAGACGGUGUGACUCUUCUGGUUGGAUUUAAAACAAAAAAUCUACUAAAUAGAAUUACAUUUAAUCAGGCACUAAAAGCAACUGCUAAGCCAGAGCAAUUUGUUUUAUUGUUGCCUUUGCUGCUAUGUAAUUGCCUUUUACUUGCUUUUACCCUUCCCACUGCUUUCAUUGUUUUUUUUUUUUAAAGAUCAUUUGUUUUGUUUUCUUUUUUCUAAAGAGACUUAAAAAAUAGAGCACAUCAGCCUUGAAUUACUUUCAAGUCUGAUGUGCCUUUUUUGAUUGAAAAUGCAAGCUCUGUGCUGUACUUUGUUGGAGACAUUGUUCCACCUCACAAAAAGGGAAAUUAAUGUUCUGAGGGUCCUAAAACCUGACUUGAGCAGGAGGUUUGUCUGUGUUAGUCAAACGGUGAUGUGUUGCUAUGUGGCCAAACAUAUGUUGUCACUAUCUGCAUCCAUCUAAUUCCAAUGAUGAGUCUUGAACAUGCAAGUAUCUGAUGAGAGUGUAGCAGUACGACAUGAUAGUCCAUUCAUUCGGGUCACGGGUGAGAUGGAACCUAUUAAAGCUGACUUUAGGCAAGAGGCGGGGUACACCCUAGACAGAUUGCCUGUGAAUCACUCAGCAUAAAUAGGUUAACAACCAUUCACACUUACAUUCGCACCUAUGGACAAUUUAGAGUCUCCAAUUAGCCUAACACGCAUGUUUUGAGAUGUGGGAGGAAGCUGGAGAAAAUGUAAACUCCACACAAAGAUGCCCAAUGGAGAUUUGAAUACUUGAUCUUGACUUCAACCAUGCUAACCACUAGGUCAAGGGUCCCCCGGGGGCCAUUUGAGGCCUGCAGCUUAUUCCAAAAAUGCAAGGACAAUAAACCAAACAGAAAAUCUUUACAUGUUAAUACUAAUAGCACUAGUGUUAAUACUAAUCUACAUGGGUUGGUUUUAGCCUAUUUACAAAUCCAAAUCCUUUCAUUUUUCAUUAUGUGGCGCUCAGUUCACUAGACCACUCUGAGGCCUAAGUCACACAUCAUUAAAACAUUUAGAUCACAUUUCUGUUUGGAUUGAAGACAAGCUACACUCAUCUAAUGAUAUUUGCUACAUUGAGACGUUUCAAUUUUGUCUCUGUUUUUCAAUGAAAGUGGUGUAUUUAAUUCGUAUAUUAUUUUUCUGUGAAUAGUAGCAUCACUCAAGCGGUUCCUAAAACACAAUCCUCAGAAAUCCAAAGCAACACAGGAACUGAACUACACUCAACAAAAACAUAAAUGCAGCACUUUUUAGUGGCCUUUUUAUCGUGGCCACCCUCAGGCACACCUGUGCAAUAAUCAUGCUGUUUAAUCAGAAUCUUGAUAUCCCACACCUGUGAGGUACAUGAAUUAUGAAGCCCACUAAAUCAGAUUUAGACAGAUUAGAAUGCAAUAUUUGAAAGAAAUAGGCCUUUUGUGUAGAUAGAAAAAUGGGAGGAAAAAUAAGUGUUGCAUUUCUAUUGCUGGCACUGGUUUUCAUGUGUUUAUAUUAUUUUCCAUAGAAAAUGUUUAUUAAACUAACUUACUAUUAGAUUUCAUAUUGUAGGUCACAACUAUCUUGAAUAAGAAUAGGUUUUAACCGUUACAGUGCAUUGCUUCAGUAGAUUAGAUUGAUUACAAAGUAGGAAUGAGAGUUGAAGUAAAGGUUUUAUACUGUAUUUGGUUAUUUGUGCACACUCAUUUCGCUUGAAGUAUUUAUUCAAGCAUGGCAUUUGAGCUACUGUAUGUUUGUCUGUGAGCAUAUACAGCCAUAUACACAAUGUAUCCAUCAUGAUCAUUGGCGGUUGAACAUUUAAACUCUUGUUACAAUGGCACCUGUCAGUCGGAGAGACCUCACAGCAGCAAGUGGAUAGUUGGCUGUCAAAGUCGAUGUGGUCACAUUGUAUUGGCUGUACUGGGUCACAUCAAUGGGAGUUUUUUUCAGUCAGUGGUUACUACUAAGAGUGGUCUUAGGAAAGACAACGGGUAAACCAUCAAAACCAUAAGGUCUCACCAUAGGUUGAUGGGUGCUAAAGCCCACUGUUGUGUGUAGUGGGCAAAGGCAAACAUGAGUUGGCUGUCUAGAAAGGAAUGCUGGUUAUGUAAAAUGGUUGUAAAAUGGGCAAAAAUCAGUGCCCAUACUCAUAUCUUAACACUGCCAAAACUGUGAAUGUGGAAAGCAAAAUGAGCAUGAGAAGAAGGCGUGAAAAUGAAAAUUGGUUGCCAGGUCUAGUGGGUCACAUUGCCUUUUGUGUCAUGUGUGCAGCGGGGUGUCAGGUGGGUAACUUGCAAACUUGUUAUUUGCAAGUUGCAAGGUGGGAUCACUUUGGAUGAUGACAUGUUACAGGUGUUGAGGUGGCCUCCAAAUUCUGCAGCUCUUCUAGGUGUGCUUGACCGAAAACUCUAAUGGAAUGGAGGCCCACCUUUGCAACUUGCAGGACUGCCCUUCAGAGACCUUGUGGAGUCCAUGUGUACCAGUGAUCUAGAGAGAGAAAGUAGACCUAUCAUUCAGACUGGUGAUUAUAAUAUAAUGACUCCUCUGCUUCAGUAGUAUUUAUUUGUUAGCUAAACAAAACAUGCACUUAUUAAUGAUUUAUUUCUUUGAGGUGGCUAUAUACUAAAACAGCUUAUCAUGUAUGGUAGGUGAUGGUAAAUAUUUGAAUGUUCACAGUAGAGCCCGACCGAUAUGGGAUUCUUGGGGCCGAUAUUGGGGGCUGAAAAAAGCCAAUAUCUGACAUAUCGGGGGAUAUUUGGUAUAUUGGCCGAUAACCGAUAUAUCGGCCGAUAUAUGAAGUAAGAUCAUCGAUAUACACAGGAUACAUACUGUACAUGAAUAUAAAUUCUUAUAAUACCCAAAAUACUAUUCAACACAAAGAGGCAACUUCUAAAUUAAAAUAAGGAAGUUGAAUUAGUUACACUGUCAACAUAAAGACAUGCCUCUUUGUGAUUUACUUUUAGGUGUUGCCACAAAUUUGUAUUGUUCUGUGCUUUGCUGGUGUUGGAGCCCUGGCUACCUUGCGCACUGCAGAUGUUGCAUCUAACGUAACGCCUGUUGAGUCUUUUGUGAAGUGGCUCCACACCUUACUCUUCCCCUCUGCUAUGAAAUGAAAAUAUAUACUUUUAGUGCAUUUUGGUAAUUAUCCUAGAAUUUGAUACUAUAGUUGACCAUUUUAAAACGCAAAUAAGUGUCUGCAUUGGUCUGAAAGUGAUAAUACAUAGGCUAAUGUGAGGUGUUUUUCAACUAAUACGUUAUGUGUUUAUAAAAGGCUUAUUCACAAAAACAGCUUAUCAAUAUCAAUUAGCCAUAUUUACUAGCUACUUAAUCGGUGAUACGACAUAAUCGGCCCGCCGAUUAAUCGGUCGGGCUCUAGUUUGCAGUAUACCCAUUAGAUGAAAUUACCUCAGACGCAUAAUAGGACACAUUUCUGUCAUUUUGCAUGUGGUAUCAUUCAUAUAUGUGUCAUUUAUACAUAUACAUUGCCAUCAGACAGACUAUGUUCCACAACAACAGUCACAGUCACUUUGCAAUACAGUAAAUUUGUGUCAGUGUUUUACUGUUAAUAGUACAACAUCUGCAUUGACAACACGUGUACAUGCGUUUGAAUGAGAAUGUUGGGGAUGAUAUGCAAAACCCUAAUAUGAAUGUGACUUUGUUGUAAGCUUGCAAUGCCUGGGUUUUUAUGCUGUCUUUUGUUACUAUUUUGUUAUAUAAAA